CUGACGUUUCUGGUGCCCAGGCUCUCUGACAGCUCGGAGUGAGCGAGCCGCUUCGGAAUUAGGUGAGGUGAGCCCUCAGCCAAAAGCUAGGAAUACCUUUCCGACUGAAACUCUGUUCCCUCCGUUGGCUGGAGCCCCUGGGCCGGGCAGGCUGCCAUCUCGUUCCUUGACCGACCCGAGCCGCAGACUCCGCUCUUGGGCUUAUGUGAGCUGAGUCUGGCCCGCCUUCUAUUCCAAUUUUGUAUCUUCUAUGAUAUCACGGCUGCUAAAAAGUGAGAAGUCCUGGCAAAGACUAUGAAGAAAAACAGAGAAAGAGUGUGCCACAAAGAAAGGGAAUUCGUGUAUAAAUUCAAAGUAGGACGAGAAUGCUUAGAACUGAAGGUGCCCCUCCAAUUUCCAGUUCAAGAGAACGUCAGUCAUCUGCAUGGGCGUCUGAUGCCGUUGCACAAUCUGCCGUGCUUUGUAGAAAAUGUAACGAUGGCUUUGUUGACCCUGUGACAGACCUAAAAGAAGCUCUGAGCCAGUUUAUAGAGGAAGAAUCCCUGAGAGAAUAUGACAAAGAGGCGGAAGCCUCCCUGGAAGCUGUGAAGUCAGGGGAAGUGGACUUGCACCAGCUGGCAAGUGUGUGGGCCAGAGCUUACGCUGAGACAACAUUGGAGCAUGCAAGGCCGGAAGAGCCCAGCUGGGAUGAAGAUUUUGCAGACGUGUACCACGACCUCAUUCACUCUCCUGCCUCUGAAACACUCCUAAAUCUGGAACACAAUUAUUUUGUUAGCAUCUCAGAACUAAUUGGUGAAAGAGAUGUGGAACUAAAAAAAUUAAGAGAGAGACAAGGUAUUGAAAUGGAAAAGGUGAUGCAAGAACUGGGAAAAUCACUCACAGAUCAAGAUGUGAAUUCGCUGGCUGCUCAGCAUUUUGAAUCCCAGCAAGACUUAGAGAAUAAAUGGUCAAAUGAGUUAAAACAGUCAACUGCCAUCCAAAAACAAGAGUAUCAGGAAUGGGUGAUAAAACUUCACCAAGACCUAAAAAACCCCAACAACAGCUCCCUCAGUGAAGAAAUUAAAGUUCAGCCAAGUCAGUUCAGAGAAUCAGCAGAAACAAUUGGAAGGAUUUAUGAGGAACAAAGAAAACUAGAAGAAAGUUUCACCAUUCAUUUAGGAGCCCAGCUGAAGACCAUGCAUAAUUUGAGAUUGCUCAGAGCAGAUAUGCUGGACUUCUGUAAACAUAAAAGAAAUCAUCGAAGUGGUGUGAAACUCCAUCGGCUUCAGACAGCGCUAUCACUUUAUUCCACAUCUCUUUGUGGCCUGGUUUUACUAGUAGAUAAUCGAAUUAAUUCUUACAGUGGUAUUAAAAGAGAUUUUGCCACAGUUUGCCAAGAGUGUACUGACUUCCAUUUCCCCCGGAUUGAAGAGCAACUGGAAGUUGUCCAACAGGUGGUCCUUUAUGCCAGAACCCAGCGCAGGAGUAAGCUGAAAGAAUCACAUGAUUCUGGGAACCAAAAUGGAGGAUGUGACGAUAAAACUAAGAAUGCUGAGAGAAACUACUUAAAUAUUUUACCUGGAGAAUUUUACAUUACACGGCAUUCUAAUCUCUCAGAAAUCCAUGUUGCUUUUCAUCUUUGUGUGGAUGACAAUGUAAAAUCAGGAAAUAUCACAGCUCGGGAUCCAGCCAUUAUGGGACUGCGAAAUAUACUUAAAGUUUGCUGUACCCAUGACAUCACAACUAUAAGCAUUCCUCUCUUGUUGGUGCAUGAUAUGUCUGAGGAAAUGACUAUCCCCUGGUGCUUGAGGAGAGCCGAACUUGUGUUUAAGUGUGUCAAAGGGUUCAUGAUGGAAAUGGCUUCAUGGGAUGGUGGAAUUUCCAGAACCGUGCAGUUUCUGGUUCCACAGAGUAUUUCUGAAGAAAUGUUUUACCAGCUUAGUAACAUGCUGCCCCAGAUCUUCCGAGUUUCAUCCACACUGACGCUGACAUCCAAGCACUAGACCCUAAUAGAUGGACGUGCUGGCGGAGGAGGAUUGUGAAACUCUCCAGGAACUUGAGCUAUGCUGCGAUUCUGUCAAGAGAAAGAUGCCCAGAAAGAGGAGCUGCAGCCCGAGCCACAAAUCAAACCACCACACCACGUCUGUUCCACAUUCCAAAGCCUUCCAUCCCGCACAGAGCCAGUGGUCGGCCCCCGCCUUCCACGUGUAGGCUCUUUCUGAAAGAAUCUCUCUCUGUUGUACUGUUACCUCCCAUCUUGGAAUACUGGUGUGUGAAAACUUGCAUAGUAUAACCCAUGUACAGUUACCCUAGGACACUGUUUACUGCAUUUUUGGGGGAGACAUUUGAUUUGUAACGGGCUUGAGUUAUAUCAGGUACAAGCCUUUAAAUUAAACUUAUAAGUAAAAUCUUCCUUGUCUAUGUGCCAAAUCAAAAUUAAAAAUCACUGAAAUAUA